AUGCACCUCCCAACCACCCUCCUCACCUUCCCGCUCGCGGCCUCCGCAGCAACAACCCUCAUCCCAACGACCGUCUUCGAUUCCGUUUCCUCCCUGGAAGAAUACUUCGCAUACCUCUACCCCUGGGGCUCCGACCACAAUGGUUCUGCCCGGAUGCAAGGCAACUCCACCGACCAGGAGUACAUCUCCGUGGCGGACGGGACCUUGACUCUUGUCGCAAAGCCGGUUUCCGGUGAAGAGCCUACCAGUGGGGGCCAGGAAAUCAACUACCUCUCUGGAGCGGUCCAUUCUGCUACCACUUUCACGGUGGAAGAAGGAUCUGGGUUCAACAUCGAAGCGGAGUUCCAGGCACCUGUCGGCACCGGUACUUGGCCUGCUUUCUGGCUGAAUGGGGCCAAUACCUGGCCACCUGAGAUUGACCUGGCUGAGUGGAAGGGAACCGGAGAUAUCAGUUUCAACACGUUCAAUUCCUCCUCUGAAGUUCAAUCCCUGGAUACGGAGUAUUCAUCGCCAGAUGACUUCCACACCGUGCGCACCGAGAUUCGCGAUGAAGACGGCUCCAACAUCUCGGUGGCAUUCUACCUCGACGACGAACUAGUGACGACCCAGUAUGGCGGAGAAUAUGUCGGAAAACCACUGCAUCUAAUCAUCAAUUUGCAAAUGGAAGGCUCGUCUGGAACCCCCGGUCCCUCGGAAGACACGUACUACCGUAUUCGGAAUUUCAUCCCCAGCUCCUCUCAACUUCUCCUCACCUCUCCUCCCCCCCUCUCAACUCCACUCAAUUCCACCCCCAACCCAUCAAAUCCUUCCACAGAACAACCAAACACCAACCCACCACCCCCCUCACCCGCGACCAACAUGGUCCUCGACGACGCCUCCCUCCAGGCCUCAAUGGGCUCCGAAGGAGGAGAAGGAGUCGGCGGCGGAGGGAGCUUCGUACCCGAAAACACCGAAUUCCCCAUCCCGAAAUUCUACCCCCGACAAGUGCGCCCGGAGCUAGUCACCCGGCCCGAUCUAUUCAUCAUGGCCUUCUAUCCGGGGUCAUGGCAAUGGCGCAAAAAACUCACCUUCACGAUCAACCGCCGACUAACCAACAUGCAAGUCAUCACGGAGCGGCCCCCCACGCAAGACGAGGUCGACGCGAUGGUCACACACACCAGCCGACGGGUGUAUCACGAGCGAUUCGGAGCGCCGCUGGGCCUCGCGCAGACAUACAACUCGAUAUGCAAGACGCUGCAGAAAUGGGAUACCUGGCGGAUAUAUUACCGACGGGAAGGGAAGUGGGUGCAUCCGGUGGACGGGUUCAAGGCGGUUCGGAACAUGGCGGUGGCGGAUUCGGCGAGCGCGGCGAAACUGAUGGGGAUGGUGGGGGUACGGGGGUUCUUCUGGACGCUGCUGGCGUUGACGGCGUCGUCGAUAGGAGCGACGUUUCUGGAGACGGUAAACUUGACGAUGGAUCCUCGGUUGGCUGAUUUUAGGGAGGAGGCGAAGAAACAGGAUCCUGAGGUCAAGAAGCAGAAGGCGUUGGAGGCGUGGAAGCGCGAGGCGGCUGAGAGGGCGGGUAGGAUCGUUCCGGGGAUUGCGGGCGACCAGGCGACCCCUGGGGAGGAGCAAGGGCAGCAGCAGCCGCAGCAAGAGCAGAUGGCGUCGGCGUCGACGGGUUGGGAGUCUUCUUCGUCAUCGUCGCCGUUGCCGUCGCCACCUUCUCGGGCUCCGCCGGUUGCGGAACAGUCCCAGGGUGCCAGUUUCUUCGACGAUGAUGAUGCCAGUCCCACAGCUCCGGAGUACAAAUACUCUGAGGGCAGGAGCCAGGGCGGAAGUGCCUGGGACCGGAUCAGACAGCAUAAUAUGUCAGGCUCCCCGAGCCAAAGCAGCCAGAGUCCACAGGCCAGACAGGAACAGGGAGGAUGGAACUCAUUGCAAGGGACAUCAAGUUCUGGCUCUGGCUCUGGCUCUGGCUACUCCCCCUCAAACCCGGAUUGGGGCAGACAGCGGGAGCGGGAACAGUCGCAGGCAGAAUUCGAUCGGUUGAUCGAGUCCGAAAGGAAUGCCGGUACUGAUUCGUGGAGUGGUGGAAAGCGCUGGUGA